ACCGGACAGUAUGCAGCCCUUACAUAUGCAGGUUACACACUGUACAAUGCAUUUGCUUAUGUCUCUUGGCUAUAAUCAGUGUCAGCGACUAUAGAGGGAGAUAGAGGGAGCUCCUGCUACAGACACUGUAGGCCUAUUUCAUAAAGAGGAGGAGCGAGCGAGAGAGAGAGACACAGAGAGAGAGAGCUUGAGCUCUUUAUUAAUAGAGACCCCAGCUCCACACAGAUAAAGCAGAAUGAUCCAGAUCUGUGACGAUAAACUCCUCAUCUUUAACCUGCUGCUCCUCAUGUCAGUCUUGGCAUGUGAGACGAGUGAGAUCUUGACUUUCACUGCACAUGAAAGAGGGAAAGUUGAGAUACGGUGUCCAUAUGAGUCUGGAUAUGAAGAAAAUAAGAAGUAUCUCUGCAGAGGAGAAUGUCCAAGAGUGCUUAAAGAUAAAGUUGUUGAAUCUGAAUCAGCAGCUAAAGAUGAGAGAUUCUCUCUGAAUGACAAUAAAUCAGCCCAGAUCUUCACCGUCACCAUCACUGAUCUGAGAACAGAGGAUCGAGGCCAAUACUGGUGUGGAGUUAAGACGAUAGUGUCUGAUAUUUAUUACAUGAUCACUGCUUGUAAGCAGAGCAGCCAGUGCUGAACACAGUAAAAAUAGUUGAUAUGAAUUACACUAAUAAAACAUGGUGUAUACUGUAAUAAAACAGUAGACACUGAGGAUGGAGGACAGUUCUGAAGUCCAGUAAUGAGACUCUGAGAUACUUAAAUCUCUCAUUUAUGCUCU